GUCUUUUCAUCAGAUUAUUCAAAAUCCAGUCAAGAGCCAAUGAUUAAGCAGCACAUCAACAAAACAGUGUUUGCAGGGGAAACAGUUACACUUCACUGCAACAAAACCCAAUAUGAUGAUGAUUUCACAUGGAAAAUGAAAAGCUUCUUGAUUUUUAGGCAGGACACUGAAAGAAACAGAACAAUGAGAAACUUCAGCUCAAACAGGAUUCACAUCGACCCAGCAGCUCCAAGAGAGUUAUCAAUACAUCAAAUACAAGCGUCUGAUGCAGGAAACUACAGCUGUUACCCAGCAGCAAUAAGAUGGACAUUAACAAUAACAGAAAAUCAGAUCAGACCAGAAUCACUCAAACAAAUGCCGUUGUACAUCAUCAUCAUUUCAUGUUCUGGAGUCAUUAUGAUCUGUUUAAUUAUCACAAGCAGCAUCUGCAUUCACAGGAAACUGAGACAGAAGAUCAACUCUGGUUCAGAGGAUGUGAAGAUGAUAUCUGACUGUGACAAACACACAAUAACAGCCUGUGUAAGUCAGUUAAACACACACCUCCAUCAUGUUUACCACAUCAUGUCUGUCACUGGCCUCCAACAAACAUCACUGACACUUCUUGAUGGAAACAUGUUGUGCAAUCAAACUACUGCUCUGUAA